AUCUAUUCAUAUAUUGUGUUUAUAUAUUUAAAGGCCAUCUACUGGACCAAUACAAAUUUUCAAUGGGAUUUCUUGAAAAUAUCUGGGGAUUUAUUCCUGGUUUUCAAUCUCUUAUUGCUGCCUUUUUACUGGUCUGCAUGUGCACCACAAACGGUAAAAUUCUAGUUCGAAAUCAUGCUGCGAGUGGUUUUCGCUGGCUUGCUGGUGUUAUACCAUAUUCUAUUCGUGUUCCUCUCAUUCAAUGCUUCCUUUCUCUUGACAUACCUUAUGUGAGAGCUUUCAUGAUAUUUAUCGGUACUCCACAAGGAGAGCAGGUCAAAUGGGUUACUCCCAUAAAGAAGGACACGUGGGAAGGCCGUUGGAUCUUCCCUUCUGCUAAACAAAUGAGCAAGACCGGGUCAGUAGAAACUAGUGCCUUCGACGCAGACCUUAUUAUUUUAUAUAUGCAUGGUGGUGGAUUCUACUUUGGAACAUCAGUUGGAUAUAUUAAGACCUUUAUUGAAUUCAUCAACCAAUUUAAGGCAAACCGCGGUAUCAAUGCACGCAUCCUUUCAGUGGAAUACUCUCUUUCACCAGAAGUCCAAUGGCCAAAACAAAAAGAAGAAUGUCUGGCCGCCUAUAUAUACCUUGUCCACGAUUUGGGUAUCAGUCCGUCCAAGAUCAUCAUAAUCGGUGAUAGUGCAGGUGGAAAUUUGGUUCUUCAAACAACUUGGUCUUUGUGUAACCAACGCACCAUUCCUGCGUUGGCGGCUCUUCCCCCAAUUCCUAUGCCAGCAGGUGUCGUCCCAAUGUCACCAUGGGUCGACGUAGAGCUUGACGAGCCUGCACUUGAGGCUGCAAAGUAUACUGAUAUUCUGUCCAAGAAAAUAUUUUAUCUUGCCGCUACGUCCUAUCUUCCACAACUCAAAAAAAUGACUCCAUCUGAGUAUUCUGCCUAUAUCAAGAACCCUGAAAUAUCUCCUAUAUAUGGAGACUACUAUGGCUCAUGCCCCAUGUUAUUAGUUUACGCCGAUAAAGAGAUGUUGGCUGGAAGCAUUAUCAAGUUUUCAGAAAAAAUGCGAAGUCAAGGAGUUCCCCUUACUCCGUUAAUACGUCCUAGUGUGGCCCACAUUCAUAUUAUGGAAAGCCUUUGCGCACCCUCAGAGGAUAUCUGGAGAGAGGAUAUUGGUGUUGUUGUAGAUUGGUGUAGUACUGUUUUGAAGAGAAAAUAAAGCAGCCUUAAACUCUAAUACACCAAACCAUAAACUUUUUUUAUAUACCAUUUACAAACGUUCAAGUCCAUAGUACUUUUUUUUCUUGUUGAAUUUUUAUGAAGAAAGAAAAUAUUAAUAAAAUAAUAAUAAGACGGUCUUGGAUGAAAACUCUAUAUUAAAGAGUGCUCUCAACAUAAUCACUUGGGAGAGAUACAGGUGUGUAGUCCAGCGAAGUAGGAUGCAUUGUCUCCAGCAGCCUGUCCCUUAGCUCCACGCAUGCAUUUUCCCAGCGCAUCUUUUCCUCCCAUAGUUCUCGAAGCUUUUUGUAAGCUAGCCCACUCAACACCUCAAAGUUAUCCAUCGUCUCUUCCAAUGCGGCCUCUGCACGCUUCCGUUGUUGUCUCUCUUCCUCCAAUUGGCGCUCGAGAGACUCGACUGUCCGGGGGGUUUCGCUCUUUAUCUUCUUUGGUGCAAUAACUAUAGUAGAGGUGGGCAAGGAAGGAGUCUCAGACCAAGACAUGGUUUGGACCUGGACAUGUCGUACUUUUACCAUGCCGGCUGGUUUGGGUGCGGAGACAUGUAGUGCUCUAAUAUGCUCGGCAGCAAGAUCGGUAGAAACGACAUCACUAGGCUUGUCGGCCUUGCUAACCCUGUACCUCUCAAGGCGCUGGAUGAGUCCAGCCUCAAUAGUCUCCCGCCCAUCAGCUGCAAGGGAAGAUACGACAGCCUCUACUCGCCGCUUUUCUUUGGCGUCUCGCGGAGAACGUGUAUUGCUAUUAACGCUGCUGUAAGUGUCCUGGCGCAUCAGAGAACGAGUGCGUGGAUUGGAGCUCAUCUGGCUACGGAUUGAAGUCGAAUGCCGCAAGGAUUCACUGUAGAGACUCGACUCCCGCUGAGACUUGGACGGCAAAAUUGGCAGCUGGGAGUCGCUGUGGCGGAUGUGUGGUGUCAAGGUCGGUUGAAGGCUUGAGGUUGAGGACUCGCGCGAACGGGACGGAUUGGCGACAAUCUCUAUGUAGCUCUUGCGUUCUUUUAGAAGAGCAUCGUUAAGCAGGGUGGUUGUAGAUGAAGGAGCGGAGCCUGGGACAGGACAUGAGGUUGAUGGGGAAGGAGAGGGGCGAGUGACAGCAGGUGGGGGCUGCUUGUUCUUGCGGCGUCGGAAAAACAGAUUCGUUGCGCUCGUGCGUUCAUUGACAUGUCGAAACUCUUCCGGGCUCGUAUUGUUGAGGAACUCGACCAAGGCCUGAGUGUCAGUACCUUUUUUACGAGUCUGCCGGGGUGUAGAAUCCGAUGUACUAAACAAGCUCAUAUCGUCUGGAUCUUCCUCACCACCUCUCUGGAUGGAGAGUGUCCUGGCGUCUUUGGGCUCAUACAUAGACUUGAUAUGCA